AUGGGACUCGCCUACAGCGAAUGCGUGUUUUUAGUGCAACGCCAGGGCGUAUACAAAAACGCAAACUUUAUAGCUGCACAAACGAAUCCUCACCUGUCAAUCACCCAUGUCCUCGCAUUCCCACCCCGUGGCACCACCCAACGUGGGCCUGCUGCUCGCGGUAAGACGUCCACCCAGGACUAUGGCUUUCUGUUGGACACGUUUGGUAUCCCCGCCGACACUCCCAACGCAAUCCCCAUCCUUGGCGCCCAAUUCUUCCAGUUUUGCGAGAUCCCGGGCUCUGUCGGUGGUCCAGAACGCGCUCACUUUAGUUGCAGAUUGUUCAGUGACACCAACCACGACAUGGGUGCGGAGAGCGUUGGCCCCAGCAUCCCUACCCCGCUCAACACCGUCGUGGAGGGAGACGUUCCCGCGCCCGUCGACCCAGUGGCGCCCGUCGACUCUGUCACGCCUGUCGAGCCUGUCGCGCCUGUCGCGCCGAUCGCGCCGGUUGCCCCCAUUGCCCUUGUCCUGCCUGCUUCACGCCCGUGGACCGCUGUGGCCGGCACAGCUUUACUGAGUGCUCUCUUGGCGGGUGCGCGGUCUGUUCUCGGGUCAGUGAAACCUCUCAUUGGUAACAUGGUCCAAGAAGGAUUCGCAUCGGCGCGCCGCCACCCCGACGACCCCUUGGUCGCAGCCGUCAAUGCCAUCGCCGACGUUGCCGUCCAAAAACUCCCCCAACCCGUCCUGGUCGCUGGCGGUGUGGCCGCCUGGGCCUUUGGCGGGGAGGUUAUGGAUGCCCGGCAUCGCCAGUCAACGAUUGUUCCGUAG